AUGACCACGGAACAGACUCCAUCUAAAGAGCAAGCAGCUCAAACAACUGAAGCUGAAAAAACAUCUGGAGAAUCCAAGCUUAAGUUAAACGUUUAUGUCACAGGCUUUGGCAUGGAUGGCACUGAAGACGACAUCAAACAAAUUUUUUCAGGGUUUGGUCAGAUAGAAUCCAUCAAAGUUGUUCAUUCUUUAAAAAAUCCACAAAUACCUCCAUAUGCAUUCAUAAAAUUUACAAACGAAAAGGAUGCUGAAGCCUCAUUAGCAAAGAAUAAUUGUAAGUAUGGUACAAACGUUCUUAAGGUCGAACUUGCCAAGCGUGAUAGAGGCUAUACAAAAGAGGAAGCACGUCUAAUGCCAUUCAAGGGAAUGCCACAACGCAACCGCAAUGAUGAUCGCGAUAUGCGCGAUCGCAGACCGGAUGACCGUGAUCGUUUUGCAAGAUAUGACAGAUACAAUGAAGAUCCACGUUAUGAUUAUGACAGAUACAACGACCGCCUCAGAUAUGAUAUGCCUCCAAGAUAUCCUGCAUAUGACAGAUACAACGAACCACGCUACGAUUACGAUGAUAGGGCAAUGAUGGCAAGGCCUCGUUACGAUCAAGAUCCAGCUUAUGGUUAUGAUGACAGGAGGAGACCAGACAUGUAUUAUGACCGCCGCGAUUAUAUUGACUAUCGUCCAAGGUAUUAA